GGGUAGCAGGGGUGAGGGGGGUGCAGCAGUCGGCCUCCCCCCGCUCCGGCACAUCCGCUGCACAGGGGCAGGAAGUUGGGGGGGGCUCCCCCAUCUCAGAGCGUGCCCGCUGCAUCGGGACCGGCUCUGGCUGCACCCACUGAUGGCUGGCCCGCGGUGGCACCCGGUGCUGCUGGCGCUGGCGGGGCCGGCGGCGGCCGGGGAGCCCGCGGGGGCCCGCAAUGACAGGGCGGUGGCCGCCCUGCUGGGGCUCCUGCUGUGCCUAGCGCUGGGGCUGGCGCUGGCCUGGCACCACCUGUGCCGCCUCUCGGCCGGCCGCUACCACCCCCGGCCCUUGGGCCGCCGGGCGCUGGAGCUGCUGCGGGGACGGUGGCACCGGCUGCGCUCACCGGAGGACCCUGCCGUGGCCCUCGGGGACGGUGACGGGGGGAUGACCGUGAGGGACGAGGAGGAAGAGCUGAUGCCCUGGAGCCUGGAGCGGCGGCCGAAGCAGGAUGAGGAGGAGGAUGAACAGGAGGAGGAUGAACAGGAGAAGGAUGAGAAGGAGGAGGAUGAGAAGGAGGAGGAUGAGGAAGAGGCCGAGGCAGCACCACAGGGCGGGGAGAAUCCCCUGAGUGAGGGGGAGGCAGCGGGGGGCAGCGCCAAGGCCCUGCUCAGUGACCUGCACGCCUUCUCGGGGACAGCGGCCUGGGGGGACGCGCGGCCACACGUCACCGCCUUGUGACAUCAUCGGCCUGACGUCACCACCCUUGGAUGUCACCUCCCUGUACUGUCACCUCUCUGUAGUGUCACCUCUCUGUAGUGUCACCUCCCUGUAGUGUCACCGCCCUGCCAGCAAGGGGACCCCUUCUCUGUCCCCCGCCUGCCCCCAGCGGAGGCUCCUGAUUGGCUGCAGGGACCUGAGCACUGACCAAUAAAAGGGCAGCUCUAUCUGAUCA